AUGAUUAUAAUUAAUAAACCAUCAAAUGCAGAUGAAGAUGAGCAGAAACGUUGGUGCAUUCUAGAGUUUCAAGGUUGUUUCGAAGAUAGUACUCCAUCAAAGUUAUCGAAUGAAGUAUUGGGUGAAUUAAUUCAUAAAGAAAAGGAUAUAUAUCAAUUACAAAUAGGUAAUCAAAUGUUUGAAGGUAAAGAUAUAAAGUUAAAGAAUCCUUUGUUAGUAAUUAGAAAAGUUUCAACUGGCCCCAAUAAUAAUAAUGGAAAUAGCAAUGGUAGUAGUAGUACAGAUGAUAAAGAUAGCAGUAAUAAUAAUAUAACAGAAUAUGAAGUGAAUACAUUAAUUUAUAGUAAGAUAUGUUUUACCAAUCGUCCAUCUACUAUUAUCGCACAGCAGAGUGUCAAAUACGGGUCACCACAGCAUAGAAAGUCACCUUCUUCAUCACCAUCUUCCUCUCCAAUGUCAACGACACCCGAGAAGAUAGACAUGGCAACCGUAUCACCAAUGAAAUCAUCGCCAAUACAACAACCGAAAUUCACACAAGACUAA